AUGAAACUGCAGCACAUGAUACAGUCGUAUGCGGAUAUGUCCGUUGGAUUAGUCAAGGAAAGGUGGGCGGCCUUUCUCCUUAUGUUUGUUAUAUUUGUCUGGCGAAUAGUCCUGACUGGUGGCUACAGGCUUGUUGCAUAUUGUUUGUUUUUGUACUUCCUGCACUGCUUCAUUGGGUUCUGCACGCCAAUUGACAGCGAAAUACCUGACCCCUUUGACAUAGAAGAGGAAGGCAUGGCUGUAUCUAUGCCAAUCAAAAAGAGCGGGGACGAGUCUAAGCCAUUUAUACGCAGACUGCCUGAGUUUGAGUACUGGCUGCAGUCUGUCAAGGCAUGCGGAACAGGGAUACUUAUGACAUUCUUCCCGAUUUUUAAUAUACCUGUGUUUACACCUAUUCUCAUAAUCUACUUCUGUGGGUUAGUUUACCUGACUGUUAUAAAGAUACGAAAGCACAUGGACAAGUACAAGUACAAUCCCUUCUUUAAUGCAAAGAAAAUCUAUAAAGGCAUUGUGGAGAUGAAGUGA